AUGCGUUUUUCGGCAUUAAUACCAGUGGUAUUCAUUACCGCGUCCUUCAUUCUCACAUUUCUGUGUCUCUUUGCCGGGUCGCGGAAGGGUUUAUUGGAGGAUUAUGCUGUGCUCACUCUGAACACUUCACGCAUUGGAUAUGAUGUGUUCGACAAUUCGGACUCAUCAUCAUCAGAUAAUGCCGUAACUUCAAUCAUCGACAACAUCGGAGACUCCAUCCAGGAUGAGAUCGAGGAAGGCAUAAACGAUGUAGCGCAAGACCUCGGCAUCCACGACUUCUACUCGGCGCAUCUGAUGAACUACUGUGAGGGCUUCUACGUUCCAGGCGCGACUCCAAACAGCACGGUCUCGAAGUCGCAGAUUCACAAGAAUGUCACCGAGUGCUCAAACCGCACGGCGAUGUACAACUUCGACCCGCAGCAGAUCAUCCAGAAAGAGCUGAACAAUAGCGUUGGGGACGGAGUUGUCAAUCUGGUCAACGAUCUGGACUGGCCUGAAGACAUCACCAAUGGAAUAAGAGCAUUGCAGGUCGCAGCAAAGGCGACCUUCGUGCUGUACUGCAUCGCUAUCGGCUUCAUCGGAAUCGCCUUGAUCCUGGCCGUUGUCAGCAUCUUCUCCGACGGACGUCUGAGCGCUCUGCUCAACGUCAUGGUGGAUUGGCUUGCAUUCCUGGUCAUAGGCAUUGCCAGUGCCAUCGCUACGGCCAUAGCGGUUAAGGGAGCUUCUGUGAUCAACAGGUAUGGCGAUGACAUUGGCGUGAGCGCUCAGCAGGGGAACAAGUUCAUGAUUCUGACCUGGAUCGCGACCGGCUUGAUGCUACUGGCGAGCAUUGUCUGGUGUUUCGACUGCAUCGUUGGUGGACGCCGUCGCGUUUCGAGGCCGAAGUACAACUGA